UUCGCACUUCUUUGCCCACCUGGUCAGCUGUUGGAAAUUUGUACUAAAGAAAAAAUUGGUGUUAUGGCAGCAGCUCAUAAAUUUAUUUCGCAAUUUUGCAGGAGUACGCAUAGUUUCCAGCGAUUACAGCGCUUACCUACCGCUACAGCUGUACGAUGCUCCAGUUUCUUAUCGUCUCGAAAGGUAGCUCCUCGCGAGGAAUACCCUGAAAUAGAGAUUAUACAUAAUGCACCUGAAUGGAAAUAUGUCGAACGCUUGCUUCCACAAAAGACAGUGCCAAAGCCUAUUCAAAAAGCUGUGUACCCCUCCGGUUGGAAACCCCAAAUCGCUUCUGCAAACCCGGACCUUAAAUACUUUGUAGCACGCACGAAAAAUCACAUGGUACCAGUGUAUUUACAGACAAGCUUCCGUGGUCAGCGCCGUAUCACUGUUAUCCGACGCAUUCAGGGUGAUAUAUGGGAGUUGGAACGUGAGUUACGUGUUGUUGUGGAGAAAGCGCGGGAUGGAAAACUCUGCGCCAGUCGAGUAAAUGAGAUGAGUGGACAAAUACACUUUCAUGGCGAUUAUGUUGACGUCGUGAGGGAAUAUCUGAAGGAAAAAGGUUUCUAAAAUAGCUUCAUUCUCUUAUAAGAGUUUGCAAAUUAAAUAAAAAGCAAUGUUUCAAUAACGUAUAUUACAUA